CCAUACCCUCAGACAAGUUCUCAGUCAAAAUGACGGAUAACAAGACCAACCUCGAGCUUGUUGCAGCUUGUGACAGCUUCCCAUACGUUGACAUUACAUCACUUCCUCAUAAUGAAGACGAGAGAUCAUCUUUCUAUCAGUUUCUCCUUCCCGGUGAUUCAAGACCUCAUGGCUACAUACUUCCCUCGACCGUCAAAGCGAUGCCAUGGACGGAUGACUUCGUAGUCCGUCACGAGCGUCCGCGGACCGUGCAGCUUCUGGACAGCUCCAAGGGCCGGGACACUUCAAAUGCCUGUAAUGCUGCUCUGAAAAAGGUCAUCUCGAACGCUACUACUUCUAAAGCCUUCAAAGUCCUGGCGAGUCCUUUGCACGAGGAUUACCGGAUCAUUGGGGCCAACUAUCCGGUUCAAAUGGAGCGCACAGCGUCUUCACUAUUCGGCAUCGCCCACCGCGGAGCCCAUAUGACCGUCUACACUCGCACUCCCGAAGGAAUGAAAAUCUGGGUUCCGCGAAGAGCUCCAAAUCUGUUCACGUAUCCUAACAAACUCGAUACGACCGUGGCUGGUGGUGUCAAAGCUGAACACUCUCCGUGGGAAUGCAUCGUCCAAGAAGCGGACGAGGAAGCCUCGCUCCCAGAAUCUCUGGUCCGCUCUCAGGCUCGCUCUACCGGUGUCUUGACGUACCUUGCAAAGAGCGGACAAGGCGAUGGUGGAGAGUUUGGUCUCAUGGUACCAGAUUGCAUCUAUGUAUUUGAUCUCGAGGUUGCAGAAGAUGUUAUCUGUAAGCCCAAAGAUGGAGAGGUGAAGGAGUUCUAUCUUUGGGAUGUUGAAAGCGUCAAGGCGGCUCUUUCGAAAGCGGAGUUCAAAACUAAUUGCGCCGCCGUCAUGAUUGACUUCUUCAUUCGCCAUGGGAUCAUCACCGAUGAGAAUGAGAAGGACUAUCUGGAGAUUAUGAGCAGGAUGCAUCGCAAGCUACCUGUCCCAACCUCGAGCCUCUCUGCGUAGAAUUUGGAUUCCCGGCUUCCUUGGUGGAGGUUCUUCGAAUUUAAUCUUGGCUACCUAUAUACCCUCAUAGAAACACGUUGGGAGUUACAUGACAAGCGC